CAGAAAAGUGAGUUUUCUGUCAUUUAAUCAUCUUCCCCUUUUCAGGGGUACAACAUAUAUGACCCUGUCUUUAAAACCGCAGCUUAAGUCAUUUUAUUGGGAUUUUCUACGUGAAAUCAUUCUACAUAAUGUAAAGAACAUUUUGUGAAAAAUAUAACCUUGAUCUCUUAAAUAUUGGGUAAGGCCAUGUCAAAGAUUUGUGUAUUUGCGAGUACAGCAUGUACGUGCGUGUGUGUGUGUAUUUGAAAAGUUUAUUUCCAAAAUGAGAUAACUCUUGUUUUUAACAUUUUCAAAAAAGAAUUGUGCAUUCAAAUUCAUAUCAAACAGUAGCUGGUUUGUUUUGGAUUCAAGCCAUUAUAGCCCGUCCAAAAAUACAGCUACUUCUGUAACAUAUAUGGUCUGAACAGUGUGCAGUAUAAAAAAUAAAAUGAUUUUAUGAUUACAAUGUAAAAUAUAUAGAAUAGACCUUUUCAGUUGUCUGUAGUUCAUGAUAUUUUGUGUAAAAGGUGUAAAAUAGUCACCUGCUUCAAGUUUUGCUACAUUAAAUUUCUAUGCAUGUUGGUAACAUGUUUCUUUAUAACUCAUUUAAAAUGCAUCUAAUUUUAUUACAAAAUGUUUUCAAAGUUCUCCCUCUCAUUUCAUUUUUUUAUAUUUUAUGUUUUUUGCUCAAAGGCAUUUCUGUUGAAUGUUUUCUCUUUAAAUGUUUUUCCUUUGCUCUUACUACAUGUAUUUAUUUACCCUUAAGUUAUGAAUUUUUGUACACAUAUCUAUAAAGAUUUAUCUUGUUUGCUGUGCAUUGCCUGUACUGAAAGAUGAAUUAUGCUGUGGCAUCAAUUUCUCUAUUGCUGUAAUGAUCAGUAUCUUGCUCAGCAAAUCACUGUAAAUUGACAUUGCAACAUGUUAUAGGAACUGGGGGGUGAUUUAACCAACUAAACAUUGACCUCAUGUCCCCAAUGUUUCCAAGAGGAAAACCUUUACCAUGGACUAUUGGUAAACUCUUUAAGACGUCCCAUCAUGCCCCCAUCCAGAGGAAAGUUACUGUAUAUUGGUCAGAAUUAAAGUGCAGGAGAUUGAUAAUGUAAUGUGUGUUGAAAGGUGUCAUAAUUUGGCCACAAAUUUAUGGACAAUUUCUAUUUGUACUGAUGUCUGAGUCAAUUUGUGAGAGACUGACAACUGCUGGAUGGUUUUUGAAGGUGAAAGUAAGUCACACCCAACCAAUGAAUCUGUUUAGCUCAAGGUUCAUGAUCGCAAAACCAGGAAACUACUUCAGCUGCUCAUUUCAGAGAAAACAAAACUUUUUCAAACUCUCACGUCUUUCUCUCUGUAUAUAUUAGUGAAAUAUGGCAGAAGGGAAUAUUUCUCACGACAAGUUCAGCUGUUCAGUGUGUUUGGAUCUACUGAAGGAUCCAGUGACUAUUCCCUGUGGACACAGUUACUGUGUGAGCUGUAUUACAAUCUGCUGGAAUCAGGAGGAUCAGAAGAGAAUCUACAGCUGUCCUCAAUGCAGACAAACCUUCACAUCAAGACCUGCUUUAAACAAAAAUGUGAUGAUCACUGAAAUGGUGGAAGAACUGAAGAAGACGAGACUUCAAACUGCUGUUUCUGAUCAAUGUUACGCUGGACCUGAAGAUGUGAAGUGUGACGUCUGUACUGAGAGAAAAUACAAAGCUGUCAAGUCCUGUCUGGAGUGUCUGAACUCUUACUGUCAAAAUCAUCUUCAACAACAUGAACAAUUCUUUCAUGUGAACAAACACAAUCUGAUGGAUCCUACAAGACGACUCAAUGAGAUGAUCUGCUCAAAACAUAGAAAACAUCUUGAAAUCUACUGUCGCACUGACCAGGAGUGUAUUUGUUAUCUGUGUACGAUGGACCAACAUAAAGAUCAUGACACUGUAACAGCUGUAGCAGAAAGAACUGAGAAACAGAGAGUUUUGGGAGAGACACAGAGAAACUUGAAGCAGAGAAUCCAGGAGAGAGAAAAGAAGAUUCAGGAGCUCAGAGAGACUUUGAACUCUUACAAGCGCUCUGCACAGACAGCAGUGGAGGACAGUGAGAGAAUCUUUACUGAACUGAUCCGCUCCAUUGAGAGAAGAUGCUCUGAGGUGACACAACUGAUCAGAGAUCAGGAAAAGACUGCAGUGAGUCGAGCUGAAGGAGUUUUGAAGUGUCUGGAGCAGGAGAUUAAAGAUCUGAGGAGGAGAGACACUGAACUGAAGCAGCUUUUACACACAGACAAUCACAUUCAUUUCCUGAAGAGUUUUGAGUGUCUUUCUGCACCUCCUGAAUCUACAGUUUCUCACAUUACUGUCAGUUCUCUUGUCUCUUUUGAUGAUGUGAGAAAAUCUGUCUGUCAGCUGAAAGAAAAACUGGAGAAUUUCUGUAGAGAUGAAAUGGAGAAAAUAUCUGGUGGAGUUUCAUACAUCACAAUUGUUCCUGAUGAGCCCAUGAGGGAGGAGUUCUUACAAUAUUUCAGUCAGUUCACACUGGAUUUAAACACAGUGAAUAAAUACAUCCGUCUGUCUGAUGGAAACACAACAGCUACUAACGCUGGUAGAGUCCAGCUGUAUCCUGAUCAUCCAGACAGAUUUGAUGGGUGGCGGCAGGUGUUGUGUAGAGAGAGUGUGUGUGGACGCUGUUACUGGGAGGUUGAGUGGAGUGGUGAUGUGAGUAUAUCAGUGUCAUAUAAGAGCAUCAGCAGGAGUGGACAGAAUAAUGAGUGUUUGUUUGGAGGUAAUGAUCAGUCCUGGAGUUUGUUCUGCUCUGACUCCAAAUGCUCAUUCUGGCAAAAAAACAAACGCACUGAUCUCCCUGUAGUGUCCAGCUCCUGUAGAAUAGGAGUGUUUGUGGAUCACAGAGCAGGAAUUUUGUCCUUCUACAGCGUCUCUGACACAAUGACCCUCAUCCACAGAGUCAAAACCACAUUCACUCAUCCUCUCUAUCCUGGGUUUACUGUUUUUGCUAAAUCCACAGUGAAAGUGUGUCGUCUCACAAAGUCAUAGAUCAUAGAGAUUUUACAAGUAAAAAUGUUAAAUUCAAUGUUGUAGGAGUGAUUAGAUGAUAUAUUACAAUCUGAUAAAAAACAAGACAAGAGUUUUGAAAGUGGGCAAUGUAUUUCAGAAUAAUUCAACACAUAAAGCUGAUUAACUUGCUCUUCGUGUUUACAUUCUCUAAGUCAUUUCACAAUUAUUUGAUAUAACCUUAAUGUUUGGUGGGAGAGUAACUUUCAGCAAACAAACAAACAGUAAAAAUGUAUUCUAAAGUUUAUUAGAAAUCAAAGCUAUGGUUAGAAACAGUAGAAAACAAUAACAAAUAUCUAAAUGCUGUUAUAUUUUGCUUGUAAAAAUUGUUAUUUUCUGGGGACAUUAUCAGUUAGGAGCACACUUGGUUGUCUCUAGAAAAGCUGACUUGCUGAGCGAUUUAAAGAUUAAAGAUUUAAUCAUGUAACAUAGUGAGCCUCACAUACUGACAAUUAACUCUUAAUUUCACAGUGAAAAUUGUUUAAAAUUUAUUAAAACACGUUAUACUAAUGUAUGCUAAAUAAACUAUAUUCACUUGC